GGUACGACGACUUCCACCACCAUCGCUGGCGAUCUUUCUUUCAAAUACUAACCACCAGGUUCGCAACAGAAAGUCGCCAUGGGUCGUGUGAUCCGCAACCAGAGGAAGGGCCGUGGCUCCAUUUUCACGGCUCACACCCGUCUCAACAAGGCCCCCGCCCAGUUCCGUGUCCUCGACUACGCUGAGCGACAUGGAUACACUCGCGGUGUCGUGAAGGAGAUUAUCCACGACGCUGGUCGUGGUGCUCCUCUCGCUAAGGUCCAGUUCCGCCACCCCUACAAGUUCAAGCACAUCACCGAGACCUUUAUCGCCAACGAGGGCAUGUACACCGGCCAAUUCAUCUACGCUGGAAAGAACGCCGCUCUGACCAUCGGAAACAUCCUUCCCCUCGCCUCCGUCCCCGAAGGUACCGUCAUCUCCAACGUCGAGGAGAAGGCUGGUGACCGUGGUGCUCUUGGUCGUACCUCUGGAAACUAUGUUACCGUCAUCGGCCACAACCCCGAUGAGGGCAAGACUCGUGUCAAGCUCCCCUCCGGCGCUAAGAAGGUCAUCAAGAACACUGCUCGUGGCAUGAUCGGUAUCGUUGCUGGUGGUGGUCGUACCGACAAGCCUCUCCUGAAGGCUUCUCGUGCCAAGCACAAGUUUGCUGUCAAGCGCAACAGCUGGCCCAAGACUCGUGGUGUUGCCAUGAACCCCGUUGAUCACCCUCACGGUGGUGGUAACCACCAGCACAUCGGUAAGGCCUCGACCAUCUCCCGCUACGCCGCCCACGGUCAAAAAGCGGGUCUCAUUGCCGCCCGGAGAACUGGUCUGCUCCGUGGUACCCAGAAGACCAAGGAUUAAACGUGAUAUCAUAUGGAGUUUUUUUCUUUGUGACGGGUUGAAAAGGCUUUUUGCUAUGAGACAUGUACCUAGGCGACUGCGGACGCGUCCUUAGCCAAUCAAGGUUGUGGCCCACAAACAAUUUCAUUGACGAUCAAAAGCGAUUGGGUUGAAUAAUCAGGAUACCAAACCUCAUGUCCUGGGUACAUUUCACGGUAUAGGGUAUCACAGUCUAAGAUAUGGGUAGCACGGCGGUAAUCAAAAUUAAAAUA